AUGAGGCGUAUUGAGCGGUUGCCAGAAGCCAUUCACAGUUCCGUGCGUUCGGGGAUUGUGAUAUGUGAUUUGACACGGAUUGUGGAGGAGCUGGUUUUUAACAGCCUUGAAGCGGGUGCUACUAAGGAUCUCGUAUCACUCUUCUAUUGUUCCAUCAGGUUGGUGGACAAUGGAUCUGGUAUUACGAGGGAUGGAUUGUUGCUGCUAGGAGUACAAUAUGCCACUUCAAAGAUUGACCACUUGGCUGUUAUGGAUGGUACUGGAAGUUUCCAAGGCGAAGCUCUAGGCUCCAUUUCUGAUGUUUCUUUGUUAGAAAUUGUGACAAAAGCACGUGGGAUGCCAAAUGGUUAUCGCAAGGUUAUGAAGGGAUGCAAAUGUUUGCAUCUUGGAACCCAUGAUGAGAGACACGAUGUGGGCACUACAGAGAAACAGAUUGGUUACCUUUACCCUUUCGUGGUGAAGAAAGUCCUACAAACUUCUCAGUACCCUCAUCACAAUCCACUCUGCCAGGCUGAUCAUGAAUAUAGAAAACCUCGUAGUAGGAACCAAGACACAAUGUCUGCCACUGACAAUAAGAGAAGCUCAAGAAGCAGCUAUUCAGCUCCACCAUUUUACAGAGGCAAGAAGAGAUUUUUGGCUUUGAGUGUUUCUUCGACAAUGGUGUCUGAGAAAAUCAAUUCCCAGACUUCAUGCGGCUAUUUUUUUCUUCCAGAUUGCAAACUGCAGAAGAAAGACAAAACACAUGAGUGCUUGCAAUAUGAAGUCUGGAAUUUUGAAAUCAACUGGAACUCUGGAUUCUGGGAGAAAUGGAGGAAUGAUUCUCUAAACACUGGGUGGAGGCUUAUCACAUAA